AAAUUCUUUGUUCCCGCGCAUCCCAUCAUGACGCAACGAGUUACCGGCCAGCGCUUUCGUCAACGCAAGCUAUCUACCAAGCAGAACCUCCCUGUCCUACGCGAAAAGGACAUCGAGCAGCUGGCCGAUGAUGAUGCGACGCGGCACAUUCCCAAAGUCGAGACGGGCGUGGAAAAAGGAGAGGAAAUCGAGCACCAUUUGCAGGCCGUCAUAUCCGCUGCACAGGCAGCAGCUCAAGGCGGCGGGAAGAUUGCCCAGCUGUAUAUCCCCACCCCAGAUGCUGUCGCUAGCAAACUGCAAUAUGAAGACGUCUACCCAAAGAAGUUCACGCAGCCUGCAACGUACAUCCGCUUCUCUUCCACUGUAGAAGAUACCAUAGGGUGUCCGUACUGCAUGAACGGCGAAGAUGCUGCAUGGUUGAAGCAAUAUAACAAAAACAAAAAGGGCGUCCAGUGUACCGAAGAUGACCUUGAACAAGCCAUCAAUUUCUUCGAAGAGACGACUCAGACAAAGCAGCCGUAUGCCUCUGUAGACAAUUCUCCUGUUCUUGCGUAUGAUGACCUGGAGCUCGAGUUUGACGAAACCAUUGGCGAAUCGGCGAGGAAAUUCGCAAAGGACAUCUAUGAGCAUUGGAAGCAAGAACGACUGCGUAGAAGCGGUCGUCCAUUAAUGCCCGCCCUCAAGUUCGAAACCAACCUCGAAACCGACGAUGCUGACCCGUAUGUGUGUUUCCGCCGUCGCGAAGUGCGAUUGGCUAGAAAAACUCGUGGUCGUGAUGCACAGGUCACGGAGAAGCUCAAGAAGCUCAGAAAGGAGCUGGAAGACGGCCGUUUCCUCAUGGCCCAGGUAAAGCGGCGCGAGCUGCUCAUGCGUGAACAACUAGCAUUGGACAAACAGAUUUUCCAACAGCGCAGUGAUGUCAAAGAGAUCAAACGAAGGCUGAGUAUCAAGACUGAUGACGAAGACCUUCUCAUCAACCAAAGGCCUGUUGCCAAACCAAAGGCACCAAGAGUCGAUACACAAGUCGUACAUCGGAAUAUCCCUGGCAUGGGACCCAAAUCACAAGCCACGCGUCCUGAUGGCCGCUUAGUUGAUUCGGAUCUUGUCUAUCUCGAAGACCAGCUAGCCAAGAAGACCGAGCUGAUCGAUAACUUCAUCGAAGAAAAUCUCCACAAGCACCAGAAAUGGAACCAAGGGUGGGUCGAUGCAACAUGGCGUCCAAUCACACCACCUUUGGAACAAGUCUCGUCCAAAUCAGAUUUCCGGCGAGUCUAUACUGAUUCGCAACUGCUGACGCCUCCCACAUCAUCGUCUUCAAUGGAAAACAACAAUGCCAGUGCUGUAGAAAAGUCGAAAAAGUCGAACGAACCGCGCAGAAAUGCGCGGAUACGGUUUGCAACGCCCCCUGAUGAUGUGCCAUACCAGGAUCAAUCUCGGUUCCGGCGUCGAACAGGUCGCGGUGGUCGCAUCAUGGUGGAUCGCCGUGGCGUCAAGCGUCAGAAGAUCGAAGACUUCGAUGAGCGGGUUGCUGACCGAUACAACUAUGCGGGCGAGAGUAGCGAGGACGAGCAAGUCCAUCCGGUUGAUUGGACUGACAACCUGCACAUCCGCUACCGAAUCAUGAUUGAGCGACAAGGCGAGAACAGAAACGUCCAACAAGCAGCCGCUGCUGCCGCCGCUUCGCAGAGUCGAAAGUCGAUCGAGAACCAUAAUCGGUCCGUGUCAGGGCAUUUGCUGCCCCCCGGCGGCACCCCAAAAGCCGGGUAA